AUGUUAUUAUCAUUGCAAGGUGAAUUACAUAAUUUAAAAUGUUUUUCAUUAGUAAGUUAUGAUGUUACUAUGGAUUAUGACGAUUUGGUGGUACCUCUUCUUCGUCGUAUGACGCAUCUCGAAAAGUUAACUUUGUAUCUUCGUAUCCUUCAUCGAAAUGCAUUCGUUGAUGGCACACACCUUCAAAAUGAAAUUCUCGAUUAUAUGCCUCAACUUCAUACAUUCAAAUUUUAUAUUAGUACACAAGAAGAUAUUUAUUCUUCAUUUCCUCAUAAAUCUAAUUCAGAUAUUGAACGAAAAUUUACAAAUAUAAGAUAUGGACAAAUGGCGUCUAUUAUAGAUUCUUUCAGGGGCGGCAAUGCCGCCAUAUGUCAUAUUUAUUCGCUUCCAUUUACCUUCAGCCGUUUGGAAAUGAUUACGACUCAUUUUCCAAUGAUUGUAUUUGAUACGGUGACUUAUUUGUCUGUCUAUGAUAUAAUUCCAAUGGAACAUGAAUUCUUUAUACGUAUUAGUCAAAUAUUUCCAAUACUUAAAUAUUUUUCUAUAGAGAAUAACAGAAGUCUGUCAUUUGAACGUAAUGAAUGGGAAUUUGAUAAGAAUGCAUCUUGUUCAAUUAUUGAAUUUCCUCAUCUUAUAUCACUUGAUGUUAUGUGUGCGAAUAUAGAUUAUAUUGCGCAAUUUCUACUCGAAACAAAGGCACAUUUGCCUUGUCUAACUGAGUUGAAAGUUAAUUAUUAUCAAUUGAAAAAAGUAACAAUGAAUUUUACAAGAGAUACAACACGAAGGAGUUGUUGUUAA